AUGGUCGACCAGGGGUUGGACAUACCAGGAAGCAGUGUUCUCUCGCAGGCAUACUCCAAGCGUGAUCUUACAUACGACUCCGACGUGUUGAGGGCAAUGGAGGGCGUGUUCGGCUUCUAUGCCCAGCUGGAACCAUCAGUGGAACAAUGCUGGGGUCUGCCACUACGAUGGACUGGUUUUGCCAAGAGGAACGGUUUUCCAACAUGGUCAUGGUCUGGCUGGAAAGUCGGAGUGAGAUGGAACUUCCUGGAGAACGUCGAGCAUCUGGAAAAGAGCUUCACAGCGCCUCUGUUUGUGGAAACAACAACGGGAGGACUUGUACAACUCAACAACGCGCUUGCCCGGUUGCUCACUUCCGGCCAAUCCUACGCGGCUUUGGGUUUGACCUACAUCUUGAGAAUCACGACCGAGGUUUUCGAUGUGCCUUUCAUAAAAUGCACGCCCUACAGACCCACGACAACCUGGGAAAAGAGCGACUCGUUUCCCACCAGACGCAGAGGCCAGCACUGGGUCACAAAGGAGGAUUACCCCCACGAAGGCAUAUGGACUCAUUUCGUUGUUCAAAAGAGCAUCGGGGCGUCUGAGAGAGGACUAGUUUGGUCUUUGGAUCUUACACAUGGCGGGGCGGCCACUAGUUCCGACCUUGCUUCCGGCGCCGACACCAUCAACCUCAAUCCCAUGACACUCCGAUGUAUUGUCAUCAGUUACGAUUGCGGGAUGAUUGUGCAAUGUAGCAAUGGCAUCUCUAAGCGAGUCGGGUUGUUGCGCUUCGAAGGGGAGUUUUUCGAGAAUGGUCGAGCUAGCAAGGAGUUGCUGGCGUUCUCAAUUCCUGCAGCAAUAGCACCCGACUGUGAGUUUUGUGCACGUCAGUCGCACCAUCUGAUUGGAGAAGCAUUUUCGGGUUUGAGAUUAAUUAGACUUUGA